AUGAUGACGCGGAAUAAGUACCACACUACCAAUAGACAACAAAGUAUGAUUGAUUUAUUAAGAUUUUUAUUGCAAAGUAAGGAUCUGAUGGCAUUAUUACACAAAUUGAUAGAAGAACGUGUGUCCAGAGUAUCUGAAGAGUUUACGUUUCAUAUUCUACCACAAACUUAUAUUUGUGUAUGGAAAUUCCUGAUUGCAGGCAUAUUUUAUUUGUUCCUUGUUUCUUUACCGAACAAUAUCAACAUAUUUACCCUUCCCGAAUCUGCAAGCUCUGAAAGGUUAUUCCCCACCAAUAACCAUGAGAUCAUUAACUUGGAAUGGAAUAUUUUCAUCUCGGACGUUAAGAUGCCUCAGCAACCAGAAACUCCUGAAAAUCAUAUCGUAUGGUGUCAUGCGAUGGCGAGGAACAGAUCCAAUAUGAACACCACUACUCUCUAUUUGCCAUCAAUGAGCUGA